UGAUGAUUGGAGGAGAGAGAGAGGAGCGAAGGUUGGGGUUUGAUCGGAAGAGAGGAGGCGACGAGAGAGAUGGAUCCGAAGCUGGUGGAAGUCACGCAGCUCUUCGAGCGCUUCAAAGCCGCGUUCGUGAGGAACGAUUUCGGCGCCUGCACCGAUCUCCUCUCCCACCUCAAGGUUCUGCUGACAAAAUUUCCUAGUUUGCCACCAUCAUAUCAGGAAACACCAAAUGCUGUCCAGGAACUGACAAUUGCAAGAGAUAUAUAUGAGCAUGCUGUUGUCUUGAGUGUGAAGACUGAAGAUCAAGAUUCUUUUGAAAGAGAUUUCUUUCAACUCAAACCGUUCUAUACUGAUACUUGUGGCAUAAUACCACCGUCACCCCAAGAGUACCCAAUCUUGGGCCUUAACCUUCUGAGGCUGCUUGUACAAAACAGAAUAGCGGAAUUCCAUACUGAACUUGAACUCCUUCCACAAAGUGCUUUGGAGAAUCCUUGCAUCAAGCAUGCCGUGGAGUUGGAACAAUCUUUCAUGGAAGGUGCUUAUAAUCGUGUAUUAAGUGCGAGACAGACUGUGCCACAUGAUACUUAUGUUUAUUUCUUGGAUCUUCUUGCGAAGACAGUCAGAGAUGAGAUUGCUGGGUGCAGUGAAAAAGCCUAUGAUUAUUUGUCAAUUAAUAAUGCCAAGAAAAUUUUAAUGUUCUCUACGGACCAAGAGCUUUCGGAGUAUAUCACAGAGGUAUAAAGUUUUUGUAGAUAUAUACUUUUUUCUUCUGUUGAUCUUUUA